GGUUUCCCCUUGAAGGGAUUUCCCUCCGCCUCUCCAGCAAGACCCUUUAUAAAGAGCAGACUUUCUAUUUCACUCACACCAGCCUGGCUGGCUUUGGGAGCUGAACACUUUUCCCAGACACUUUUCACGUGGGGCACAAAGAAGGCUUGGGAGCCUCCAUUUCGUCACCACAGCAGCGACUUGAAAUGCCUGAGAAGAUGGUCACGGUCUCUGGAGUCUCCACUGUACUUUGGAUACUGUUUGCAGCCUCUCAAGCUUUUAAUAUUGAGAUCUCCCCUGAAUACAGAACGGUGGCUCAGAUUGGGAACUCCGUGUCCCUGACUUGCACCACCACAGGCUGUGAGUCCCCGUCUUUCUCUUGGAGAACCCAGAUAGACAGUCCACUGAACGGGAAGGUGAGGACCGAGGGGAGCAAAUCCAUCCUGACCAUGGAUCCCGUCAGUUUUGAGAAUGAACACGCUUACCUGUGCACGGCAACUUGUGGAUCUGGGAAGCUGGAGCGAGGGAUCCAGGUGGACGUCUACUCUUUUCAAGAUCCAGAGAUUCAGCUGAGUGGCCCCCUGGAGGUCGGGAAGCCUGCCAUGGUCAAGUGUUUGGCUCCUGAUGUUUAUCCGGCUGACAGAUUGGAGAUGGAUCUACUCAAAGGUGACCGUCUCCUGAAGACGCAGGUGUUUGUGGAAGAGGUGAAGAAGUCUCUGGUAACCAAGAGUUUGGAAGUGACCUUUACUCCUGUCCUUGAGGAUACUGGAAAAGCUCUUGUGUGCCGAGCUAAAUUACACAUGGAUUCUGAACCCACAGUAAGGGAGACUGUCAAAGAACUGCAAGUCUACACCUCUCCCAAGAAUACAGUCAUCUCUGUGUAUCCCUCCAGAAGGCUUCAAGAGGGUGGUGCCGUGACAAUGACAUGCUCCAGUGAGGGUCUACCAGCUCCUGAGAUUUUCUGGAGCAGGAGAUUAGAUAAUGGAGUGCCACAGCCCCUCUCAGGGAAUGCGACUCUCACCUUAGUCGCCAUGAGAACGGAAGACUCUGGGAUUUAUGUGUGCGAAGGAGUUAAUCUGAUUGGGAGAAACAAGACAGAGGUGGAAUUAAUUGUCCACGAGAAACCAUUUACUGUUGACAUCUUCCCUGGAUCCCGGGUGGCUGCACAGGUUGGAGACCCAGUUGUACUGACGUGUGCUGCUAUUGGCUGUGACUCCCCCUCUUUUUCUUGGAGAACCCAGAUAGACAGCCCCCUUAAUGGGGAGGUGAGGAGUGAGGGGGCCAAGUCCACGCUGACACUGAGCCCUGUGAGCUUUGAGAAUGAACACUCUUACCUGUGCACUGUGACCUGCGCUCGAAGGAAACUGGAAAAGGGAAUCCAGGUGGAAGUCUACUCAUUCCCUAAAGACCCAGAAAUUGAGAUGAGCGGGCUGCUUGUGCACGGGAGACCUGUCACAGUAAACUGCACAGUCCCUGAUGUGUACCCUUUUGACCAUCUGGAGAUUGAAUUACUCAAAGGAGAGACUGUGCUGAUGAAUAAAUAUUUUUUGGAGGAAAUGAACAUGAAAUCUCUGGAGACCAAAAGUUUGGAAAUGACCUUCAUCCCUACCACGGAAGAUACCGAGAAAGUUCUUGUUUGCCUGGCUAAGUUACACAGUGGCGAAAUGGAAUCUGAACCCAAACAAAGGCAGAGUACACGGACGCUUUAUGUCAAUGUUGCCCCCGAGGAAACCAUCAUCUCGGUCAGCCCCUCUCCCGUCCUACGGGAGGGCAGUCCCGUGAACUUGACCUGCUCAAGUGAUGGUCUUCCAGCUCCAAAAAUCCUGUGGAGCAGGCAGCUACCUAAUGGGGAACUGCAGCCUCUUUCUGAAGAGAGAAUGCUCAUCUUAACGUCUACAAAGAUGGAAGAUUCUGGCAUUUAUGUGUGUGAAGGGAUUAACCAGGCUGGAAUUAGCAAAAAAUCAGUUGAACUUCAGAUUAUCCAAGACUCUCCAAAAGAUAUACAGCUCACAGCCUUCCCUUCCCAGAGCGUCAAAGAGGGAGACACCGUCAUCAUUUCCUGCACGUGUGGCAACGUGCCCCAAACAUGGAUAAUCCUGAAGAAGAAAGCCAAGACGGGGGACAUGGUGCUAAAGUCGGUUGACGGUGCAUACACCAUCCUCAAGGCCCAGCCGCAGGAUGCCGGGGUGUACGAGUGCGAGUCGAAAACCCAAGUCGGCUCACAGUUAAGAAGUUUAACCCUGGACGUAAAAGGAAGAGAAACUCCCGAGGACUAUUUUUCUCUCGAACUCCUUGCACUCUACUGUGCCUCCUCCUUGGUAAUACCUGCCGUCGGGAUGAUCAUUUACUUCGCAAGAAAAGCCAACAUGAAAGGAUCAUACAGCCUGGUGGAAGCACAGAAGUCGAAGGUGUAGCUGACGCCUGAAAUGUUCGAGAAAAGACACUAUUUAUAAGCCCUAAAUCCCUAAUAGUCUUUAUCAUCCCACCACCGCCACACCUAAACCCAGCUAAGCAUUCAGAGUUCCCAGAACUCUUCUCGGCAGAGAAGAAAAAGAAACAGCUACUUGAGCCUUUCCUGAAUGCAGGAAGCCAACCAGAACUGUUCUUCUUGUCAAGUCCCCGUCGUUGAGAUGAAGUGACUGGAAGAGUCCUGUGAUGGGUAUAUAAAUAGCACAAUCUGUAUAUAUGUAAAAUAAAAUUAUGUCAUCGCAAGAUUGUUUAGAAUAGCCGCACUCCAUAUGCAGAUCGGAAGAUAAUCAAAUAGUGUUGCUUGGACUGACUGUUGUAACUUAAUGCAUCUUAGAAAAGUUUAAUAUUAAUAUUUACUAGGCAGCUAACCAGUGCCACCUUUUCUUAAUAUUGUAUUUCCUUCAACCUAAUUUUAUUCCUAUGAAUUUUUAUUGACAAUGAUUUCAUGUUUUAAAAAGAAGCCAGGGUUUUAUAUUUUUCUAGACAAAUGAUAAGAGGGCACUGGGUUGACUUUCAGGUACUACAUUCCUAACUCAUGGCAUAAUGAUUAGCCAGUUUUCUCUACAUGGUACUGUAUGGUACGGGGACAUGUUUCUUCAUCGGGAUCUUGUGUAACAACUAACAUGGUUCAAAAUGCAACUUCUUUUGACUUAUCUUUU